UCUGCCUCUGGGGACAACCAGGCUGCCUUAUAAUGGGAACCAACACUUGCUCGGCUCGGGGGCAAUAACAUCCAAUUCUGCAUCAGGAAAACACAGGGCUCCACCUUUUUUUUUUUUGUUGUUGUAUCUGCUGCUCUGGUGUGGUCUAGUUGCUCUGUGAUCUACCUUCAUGUGGAGAAGGAGGCUGCUGGUGGGCUCUGUCACUCCCCUCUCCUCAUCAUCCAUCCUCUCUGGAACAGGUUGAUCCUUUAUAGCUUCUGUCUUAUUUUGCGCCGAAGAGCUGCUUUUUGGAAUCUCACUCCUCCAUGUACGAUAACUUGUACCUACAUGGAUUUGAAGACUCGGAGGCGGGCUCAGCUGAUUCCUACACAAGCCGACCAUCUGACUCGGAUGUGUCCCUGGAGGAGGAGAAGGAUGGUGGCCGGCAGGAGAGGGAGCAACAGGCCACUGUCCAGCUCGAGAGGGCAAAGACUAAAUCAGUGGCAUUUGCUGUGAGGACCAAUGUCAGCUACUGUGGUGCUCUGGAUGAGGAUGUUCCUGUGGCUGGCACUGCCAUCUCCUUUGAUGCCAAGGAUUUCCUCCACAUCAAAGAGAAGUACAGCAAUGACUGGUGGAUCGGCCGUCUGGUGAAAGAGGGCUGUGACAUCGGCUUCAUCCCGAGCCCUCUGAAGCUGGAAAACAUCCGACUCCAGCAGGAACAGAAGAGAGGACGCUUCCACGGCAGUAAGUCUAGCGGGAAUUCUUCCUCCAGUCUGGGAGAAAUGGUGUCAGGCACAUUCAAGCCAAACCCCAACUCUGCAGGAAAGCAGAAGCAGAAAGUGGCAGAGCACAUCCCUCCUUAUGAUGUGGUUCCCUCCAUGAGGCCGGUUGUCCUGGUGGGGCCGUCCCUGAAAGGUUACGAGGUAACUGAUAUGAUGCAGAAGGCGCUGUUUGACUUCCUGAAGCACAGGUUUGACGGAAGGAUAUCCAUCACAAGGGUAACAGCUGACAUAUCGUUGGCCAAGAGGUCAGUACUAAACAACCCCAGUAAGAGGGCCAUCAUUGAGAGAUCCAACACCCGCUCCAACCUUGCGGAGGUCCAGAGUGAAAUAGAAAGGAUCUUUGAGCUGGCCAGGUCUCUGCAGCUGGUAGUGUUGGAUGCAGACACCAUUAACCAUCCAGCACAGCUCAUCAAGACCUCAUUAGCACCCAUUAUCGUCCAUGUUAAGGUGUCCUCACCUAAGGUCCUCCAGCGGCUAAUAAAAUCAAGAGGGAAAUCUCAAAGCAAACACUUGAACGUGCAGCUUGUUGCAGCAGAAAAACUAGCACAGUGUCCUUCUGAGAUGUUUGAUAUUAUUCUGGAUGAGAACCAGCUGGAAGAUGCGUGUGAACACCUGGCAGAGUACCUGGAGGCAUACUGGCGUGCUACACACACUUCACUUAGCACACCACUCAACCCCCUGCUGGGACGCAAUCUGGGCUCCACCGCUCUCUCCCCGUAUCCUUCUGCCAUUCAGGCCCAAAGAAACCGCAACAGUAACCACACGACAACUGACCACUCACCUGUUGAACGUCGUAGCCUGAUGCCUGCUGAUGAGAACUACCAUAAUGAACGGGCACGGAAAAAUCGCAACCGUCUGUCCUCAGGCUCACAGCACAGCCGGGACCACUCGCCUCUGGUGGAGGAGGACUACCAGGACCCCUACCAGGAUUCUUACAAGCCUCAUCGUAACCGAGGAUCCCCAGGAGGCUACAGCCAGGACUCCAGACACCGGCUUUGAGUUGUGGCCUGCUGUAAACAAAGUGUAGACUUUCUCUAACCAACCACCAUGGGCAUAAGAGUUGAGGCAGCUUUGCUGUAACAUGAUGAAACUACUACACUCAUUUGGACUGUAACAACCUCGUAUCGAUGUGUAGUACCUAAUUUUCCCUUUGGCCUUGGCCCCUGCCAAAUGAGCAUUUGAACCUAAAAAAAUAAGAAUCCUGCUCUGCUCUUGCUUUGAUGUGAACAAGAGAUGGGACUAGAUAUAAACGUAGCACAGAAGCAGAAAAGUUAUGUUUUGAAGGGAAGUCUAAAGCUGGACCUGCUCUGAAUAUGCCCCAGAUGUGGCUUGUGAGUGAAGUACACUAGCAGGUGAUAGUGUACGAUGUAGGCUCUUCUGGACCCUCCCCUGCCAUCUCAGCUGUUACUGUAGCAUGAAAGUAGGACUGUAAUUACAGGUCACUACCUGCCUCAAGCCAGUGCCAGAUAGCAAGAGCAUCCAGCGGUGAUGAUCAGCACCGAGCCUGUUUGCACGCGUCCAGGAGCUGCUAGAAGCAGAGUAUAAUGCAUCUUUAAUGCUCCUCAAGUUUGUUUGCCAAUGUUGCCAUGUGAGUGUAAUAAAUCCAGUGGAAGCCUGUUCCCAAGUCCAGAGUUUUACACUAUUUCUUUGAAGUGACAUGAAUGGUGUUGUGGUGUUCUCAUCGGGGUUCACAGUAGCUCCCUGUGCCCCCUCUUUGUUGUUUCUUAAUGCCAUUUUUGUCAUUAACCAUAUCAAGACAGAAAUAUAAAAAUCAUGCAAAUACUAUCACAUUUCAAAGCCCCAAACCUCAGGAAUGAGAGGUCAUUUAUACCUAGAAGUGUGCUGACAGAUGUAGCGUUUAUGUUCUUACCCAUCUGACAGGGAUUUGAAGAUAUUUUACGAUUUAGUUGUUAUAAAAAGCUGUUAAUGUAAGGAAGGAACACUUCCAUAUGUUACUAAAAUGCUCAUGCCAGCAUGUUUUACAUAUGCCAUGCAUUUAUCAACUGCUAUUGUCUGUCAUGUGUUUGGCAGGACAUCAUUUGGAAUUGAUGGAAUUGGAUUUAGUGAGUUAGUAUAUUGAGGGCUUCCAUGUGUAAAUACUGUCAAAUUAACUGAAAGAAAGGAACUUUAAUUUAUUUAACGUUUCACUUUCAGUUCAUUAAAUUUAUCCUUUCAAACCUUCCAACUUAUGAUAAAGAUAGCUUUCCUCCAUCUUACUUUAUUAGGUUUUAUAAAAUAAAGUAACAUUGAAACAUUUUCAUUUCAAGUAGCUACUUAAGGCCCAAUUAUCAUAUAUCCAUAUUUUCAGCUAAAGCUUUUUCAUUGUAUUCAUUGAGUUUCAUUAAAGACUCCUAAUGAGUGAGAAACUAUUUGAAAGCACUUGGGCAGGACUGUGCUGCUUUUGUCAUAAUGUCUUUUACAUGCUACUUUCAUGGAAAUGCAGAGCAGUUCCCUGUUUCUUAUUGGAUGGAUUCACAUGUCUGCUACCAGAUAAUAAAGGAUUGAUAUAUCAUUACCUUUUAAUGACAUAUCCUUGUAUCUUGUAAUUUAAUAUUUGUUGAAAAUCAGGUUUUUAUUUCAUUUCAAGAUCGACAAGGAGACUUCAGUUCUUAUCUGCCAUAAACAGUAGCUUUUAUUGUUGUUGAAAACUCUGGAGAAACAAUUUAAAAUAUCUGAAUACUGCCUGUGAGAGAAUGAUGCAUUGAUUAGAAGUUUGUGUGUGCUGUCAUUUUACAGUUGUAAUGAAAUAAACUGCCCUUAUGCCAUU